AUGGAGGUUCAUGGUGCUGCUAUGUUCAUGCUGUACGGUCCAAGUGUGAUCAAGCCUAACCAUCACUAUGCCACUCAUACCGCCUCAUGCAUGCGUGAUUUUGGACCACUGCACUGUUUCUGGACAUUUCUCUUCGAGCGGAUCAACAAAGUCCUGAAAUCAUAUAAUUCUGGGAAUCAUUCUGGCGGUGAACUGGAGGUAUCAUUUUUCCGGGAGUUUCAUCGGACAGUUCAGCAAUCAUGCAUAAUGAUGCAAGACAGUUACAAUGCUGGAGUAAAGACACCAAUUCAUGAGAGCAUCGCAGCAAUGUAUAAAGCGACUGCAGACAACCAUGGAACUGUACAAGCCUUGGCACAGGAGUCAGACCAGGCUCAUGAAGAUGUCAAGACAGGUGGCAUCGCCCUGCAGAUGAGCCCUCAUUCAAGAUCAAUCAAGCUUCCAAUGGAUGUCUAUGACAGUCUACUGUGUCACCUUCAAGCAUGCUUCCCUGCUUUGCAUUUGCGAUCAUACUUUUCUCUUGGAGAUGCCACUUCCUUAGCUCUGGAUCCUCACGCUAUCAUUUUUGACUAUGUUAUUGUAGCACAGCGGUGCUACUGGAGUCUUUCGCAUGCUCAUAGAAAUGCUAAUUCCCUGGUAGCUGUUUGCACUGGAUCCUGGCCCAAUGACAUCAGUGUUGGGGAACUUCUCGACAUCAUUGCACUGCAACAGACAGCACUGAGAGUUCUGUCAUUGGGCCAUCUUCGGUGGCUCAAGCCUGCCAACACUCGCCUUGAUCAUACAUUCUGGUUGACAAGUGAGUCUCUGGGACUGCAGUUCUGGGAAGAAGACAUUUAUCUUGGGGAGGAGGAUGAACAUCCAGGGGAGUAUAGGUAUUGGGUAACCAUUGCGACAUCAGGAACUUUGAGACGUGCAUGA